CAGCUCUGGUGGCCAUCAUGCAAUUCGAGUCAGCAGGCGAGGGGAUGAUGAUCGGGGAUGCAUUAGCCCGAGCGCUGGCAGUCCAUAAUGCACAUCACGACCAAUCUUCUUUCACUCUACUCUCUCUCGCCCUCUGCUUCCCUCUCACAUUGGCUAGAUCCCUUGGCAAUUACUGAGGACCUUCGGCAGCUACAGUGGCAGCUUUAUAUACCGGGGUAGAUUGCUCUGGGCUUGUCCUCAGUUUUGUGUUCUCCCUAAACUCCACGACUGAACCACAAUUUUGGGGCUGUCCGUCACUCCUCGCCAAUCACACUCCGCAACGGACACAAUCUGACUUCGAAUGCGGGGUUCUUUCAAAUGAUACCUAGGUAAUGGCGGGGGUGAUAUCCGGAAUUCCGUUGAACUGGCUUCUCAUUUCACUGGCACUUGGCAAAUCAAGCGUGCUCUGUAUGCGAGGAAAAAGAGGGGUUCGGUGAAUGACGAUGUGACUCGCCUCCAGCUUGUGCCUCGGUUACGGCUACAUACGACCUCUAAUGCUUCUUUGAAUCAACUAUCCACACCAGCAUGGGAUACGCCUUUCUUGGCCCGUCUCAACAAUGAUCCAUCAGGAUGAUCCCAGUCCCUUUAGCGCGUCGGCUGGGUCCCGCAGUGAUAAAGAGAGGCUGCUUCCUUGAUCUGCAGCUUCUGAGUCUCGCUCCUCGCACUCUUCAUCGGCCCUCCUUCCUCUCCGUCCAACACCGAAGAUAUCAGUACACUUCGAAGAUGACUGGGCCUAUUGAUAAUGCCAAUGGCAGUACAGCUGUACCGGAAAUUCCUGCAAAGCAGAAGGCUGCCAUCUAUGACCAGCCCGGCACUGUCUCCACCAAGGUCGUAGAGAUAGAUGUGCCCGAGCCGGGUACGGGCGAGGUCUUGAUCAAUCUAACCCAUUCAGGCGUCUGUCAUUCCGAUCUUGGAGUAAUGACCAACACCUGGAGAUCUCUACCCUAUCCCACACAGCCAGGUCAGAUUGGCGGCCACGAAGGUGUCGGUAAGAUUGUCAAGCUAGGCCCUGGAGCCGAGUCUUCAGGCCUGAAGAUCGGUGACCGGGUUGGAAUCAAAUGGGUUUCUAGCGUAUGCAAGACUUGCGAACCAUGCCAGGCGGGCGCCGACGGAAUCUGCUUUAAGCAGAAGGUUUCCGGAUACUACACCCCCGGUACAUUCCAGCAAUACGCCCUAGGCCCCGCCAACUACGUGACACCGAUCCCAGACGGCCUCGCAUCAGACGAAGCUGCGCCGAUGCUCUGCGCCGGCGUGACCGUCUACGCGGCCCUGAAGCGCAGCAACGCCCGACCAGGGCAAUGGGUUGUGAUCUCCGGCGCUGGAGGCGGCCUAGGCCAUAUAGCCGUGCAACUCGCCAGCAAAGGCAUGGGAUUCCGAGUGAUUGGAGUCGACCACGGCAGCAAAGAAGAACUAGUGAAGGCCUCCGGAGCUGAGCACUUCGUCGACAUCACCAAGUUCCCCUCCGACGACAAGGGCCAAGCCAUCGCCAGCCAUGUCAAAUCCCUAGCCGGUGGCCUGGGAGCUCACGCCGUCAUCGUAUGCACCGCAGCCAACGCAGCCUAUGCCCAGGCAGUACCAUUCCUGCGCUUCAACGGUACCCUCGUGUGCGUGGGGAUCCCUGAGAACGCACCGCAACCUAUUGCGACCGCGUUUCCUGGGAAGAUGAUCGCUCAGCAUUAUACCAUUACCGGAUCGGCGGUCGGGACACAGAGAGAUGCGAUCGAGACACUGGAUUUCGCGGCGAGGGGAAUCAUCAAGGCCCAUUUCCGGACGGAGAAGAUGGAUGCUUUGACCGGCGUUUUCGAGGAGAUGAGCCAGGGGAAGUUGCAGGGGAGGGUUGUUCUCGAUUUGUCUUAAUGUGAUCGAUGUCUGUGGCUUGGUGUUGGUCUAUUUUCGGAGUUAGCUGGUUCAAUGGAAGUUUUAAGUAUAUUUAACAAACACGAUGAAUGAAUGCACU